UCAGUCAGUCUGUGAUUACUGGGACAGUAUGGAGCUCAGUCCACUCCCUGUGGUGCUCUUGCUGAUUUUAUUGGUUCAAGCUGGACUUGCUCAAGGUCGUCCUAAAGCUGUUGUGAGUGUAAGUCCUGAUAAUCACGUGUUCAGAGGAGAGACUGUGACUCUCAGAUGUGACAUACAGGGAGAAGGAGACACUGGGUGGACAUACAGCUGGUAUAAGAAUAACUACAGUAUCUACCCAAACGUCACAUAUAAUCCAUACAUGAUCAGCUCUGUUACACAGUAUGACAGGGGUACAUACACCUGCAGAGGGUACAGGGGAAGAGACUCUCAGAGCUCAGAGAUCAGUAAUGCUGUUACAUUAACUGUGUCAGAGAGAGCCCAGGCAGUACUGAGUGUGUCUCCACAGAGCUGGCUGACUGAACGAGACUCAGUGAGUCUAAGCUGUGAGGUCAGAGACUCCUCUACAGGCUGGAUAUUCAGCUGGUACAGAGCUGUUCCCCAUGUUGAGGUCCUCUCAGACAGCAUCAGAGGAGCUGGAGGCUCCUACACUCUCAGUCCUGCUGCUCUACAUCAAACAGGAGUUUAUAUGUGCAGAGCAGAGAGAGGAGAACCAGCCUAUCAGACACAGUACAGCAACACACAGCCACUAUGGAUCACUGGCGAUCAUAUUCUAUAUCACCGGAUGCCCAUAUUGGUUCUUCCAGUGAUGUCCAUAUUGUUUCUUCCGGUGCUUGGACGGGCUGUCCCGUCCUUGAAGCAAGGCUCGCCCUCGACUGAUGCCCCUAGAAGCCUGUCAGAGGCCUCCUGAGGAUGUACACUGAAGCCUACAGAGGUCUUUCCAGCAUGAAACCAGUCCCUAUUUUUCUGCUUACAAUAUAAUUUUAUUACCUUGUUAUGACCCCGUCUAGGCUGUGAGGCUGUAACAAGGAAAAAGAAGUGCAAAUGUCUAAUGUAACAGACGUUGUGGAAAAAAAUGAACAGCAACAAAACAAACAGAAGCACAAAUGGAAGGUUAUUUUAGUGUAUUGUACAGAGGUUA